CAGUAGGCUUUGGGUUAUACGGCGGUGCAAUGUCAGCUGAUUUAUCUCACAUGACGAACAGUUUCGGUCACUUACUGAUAAUUAUUCAAAGACCGUUUUACACUAGACGGGGGGAAAGUAUUGUAGCCUAGUACAUUAUUGUUGGAUUCUUUCUAGGAUUUGAGUCCAUCUGCUAACUCCACAAGUCGUUAUUGGUUUGCUAACUAUGUAGCUUGCACAAACAAGGACUAUACAGUGCAGCACCCGAGUCGGUAAGUUGUUUUCUUCUCAAAUGGCUAAACAGACAAAAGCAAGGAAGUACUGUAGUGAUUAUUUGGUAGCAGAUCUAGCUAGAUAUGUAUUGUUUGGACAAUAGUUCAUAUUCAUAGCAUUGUUUGUAUUUCCCAACCUUUCUACAAAUUUCUCAACAAGGUUAUUUUGAUUCUGUUCUUUUUCAGAUGAGCUGUGGGCCCCUUCAAAGGUUUUUUAACUAACCCAUUUCGUCAAGUAAUAUUACAGUGACACCCUGCAGCAAGCAUGGGUCCAGAGGGAAAGACACUCUUGAACAUCAUAAUCCUGGGUUUUGGAUUUAUGUUCAUGUUCACUGCUUUCCAAACAUGCGGCAAUAUAGAGGUAUGGUUGAACUGACAAAUGAUACAUAUAAAUUCUAACCACACAACUGUAGGGAACCUACAGGGGAAAUUGAUAUUGAUGGUGUCAUUUGUUUAUGUCUCGUGCUUUUUCAGCAAACUGUGAUCAAGAGUUUCAACAGCACUGAAUUCCAUGGGAGUGGAUACACAAGGUAAUUCAUUGUGAUGCUGAAAUACUGUGACUUUGUCCUAUGAUAAAGAUUAGAACUGUUGGAAGAUCGUAAUCCUGUCUCUCUCUCAAAUAGGUCUCCAAAGGUAAGUAAUUGAAUCUGCCCAGUUUAGACAACAAAGUUGACUUUCAGUUCUCUACAAUAUCCCAGUUUGCCGAGGUAUUACGUAAAUAACAUGCAUAUGACUGUGCUGUUGUAGGGCCUCGUUUGACUUAAUUGCUGCUGUUGGCCUUUAUGGACAUCUUAAUGACACCACCCGUGGCAGGCAAACACCUGGCUUUUAAAAAAAUUCAAACACAUCCUUAGUGACUUAGAAUAAAAUGCCUGCAGUUGUAGCCAUGUUGCUAACAUUUUCCUAUGAAUAGCGGUAUUACAUUGGCGCAAUAAUCAUCUAAUUCGUUUUUACACAUGUCUUUACAUGUAGCAUGGCCAUCAUCUAUGGAGUUUUCUCUGCAUCCAACCUGAUUGCUCCCUCAGUAGUGGCUGUUAUAGGACCCCAAUUGUCCAUGUUCUUUAGUGGAUUAGUAUACAGGUGAGCACACUCUUUUGACCUUUCUUUAAAUCAACCCACUGUAGCCUAUACCUGUUUACAGAACUGUUUCUUUACCUAUUCUCUUUGUGAUGUUAAAGCUGUUCAAUGUUUUGUUUCCAUCAGUGGAUACAUUGCCAUGUUCAUCCACCCCUUCACUUGGAGCUUCUACACAGCCUCUGUAGUAGUUGGAAUAGCAGCUGCAAGUAAGAAGACUAUGUGCUAUUCUUACUUGAGAAUUAGACUCGUAUCUCUAUCACCACAUAACCCUCUUUCUUUUCUCUUUCCAUCUGUGGCCUAGUAUUGUGGACAGCUCAGGGGAACCUACUCACCAUCAACUCUACAGAUGCCACCAUUGGCAGGAACAGUGGUAUUUUCUGGGCCUUGCUACAGUUCAGGUACUUCUUCUUAUCAGCAUAACUGUAUUGAUUGCAGCACUGUUUAGCAUAGCUUUUUCACCCUAGUACUAAAUCCAUGGUGUUGCACUGCCUAACAUGUAUCUAUCUCAUUUUGCAGCUUAUUCUUUGGAAACAUGUAUAUUUAUUUUGCCUGGCAUGGCCAUGUUCACAUAUCAGGUAUGUCAUCAGUUUUGGUUAACUUUUUAGUAUAACAAUGUAAAUAUAUUUUGAACGUAUUCUACCUAGAUUCAUGAGUCUUUUCCCCUUUCCUUUUUAUAGUAUCUAGCAUUCCCUAAGUUCCCUUGACACAAUGAGGAAAUCUCAUUUUGGCCAUAAGUUACUGACACAUGCUGCUGGUGUGUGUGUGUGUGUGUGUCUAGACAAGGAUCGCCAGACGGUGUUCAUCUCUCUCACGGUCAUCAGCCUGGUGGGCAGCUUCCUGUUCUUCUUGAUCCAGAAGCCAGAGCCUGAGGCCACACCCUCCGAGGCGUCUGAGUCCACAGAGAGCGCCUCUAUCGUUGUGUGAGUGCAGUCUGCAGACAGGCUGGGCUGGAAAACAUGGUCUAGGUCUAAUGUUAGAGUAAACUAGCACAAGAAAGAUUGUCCUUAUCUACCCUUUUAUUGACCAGAAUCACGCAUGUUGUCAUGCAUACAUACACACAUCAAAUAUUGAUAUACUAAUAGAUAUGCCAUACAAAUGGUGUUUGUGCAUUCUGUACCUGCCGUUGUAUGUAAGGUACAGCGUAUUCCUCCAUAGGCCUGGGUUGAAUCUGGAUAAUUCUGUAUUUCUCUAUGUUUGAAUAGGCUGUACUUAAGUUUAUUUAUGGAUUUCUCUUCCUUGCAGAGCGACUCCAGGUCUCGGUUCCCAGGCUCUGGACGCUUUCAGUGAGUCAGAGUUAAUUGGUUGCAACUUACUUCAAUCUGUCUUAUCAGCAAUAUCCACAAAGGCCCAGAGCUCAGCUGACUGAUAUGUGCCCUCUUCUUACAGAGAAAGCGUUGCAGUUGUCUGUCACUAAAGAGAUGCUACUGCUAAGUAUCUCCAUAGCAUACACAGGUGAGCAAAUUAAUUCAAAUUCCUUCAGCAAAAAGCUGGUUUGGGCUAUUUCCAAUAUGAGGAAACUUCUUUCAGUGGAUGCUAGUAUAAAAUUAUAAAAAUAUAAACGGAUGCAUAUUCAAUUGACAUUGAGUAUGUUUGAAUGCGUAACCAUAGAUUCUAUGUGUGUAACUCUUGCUCCGUCUCCACCUUCAGGCCUAGAGCUGACAUUUUACAGCGGGGUAUACGGGACAUGUAUAGGAGCCAUGACACGAUUUGGGGACGAUGCCAAGAGUCUGAUCGGGCUCUCUGGCAUUUUCAUUGGCCUGGGAGAGAUCCUAGGUGAGUAUGUUACCACUGUUGAUUCUAAGUAGUUUUUUUUUUAUCUUCAAUGCUGUUUCGCAUCACAUGAUACACGUGAGGUUAUGAAAGCAGAUAAAACUGGGUUGCCAGGAAGGGACUGAUGAGGAAGUCAAUGCCUCUGUUUUUGCUGUGCCUCUGUGUGUCCAGGAGGGGGCGUGUUUGGGAUGCUGAACAAGUGCAACCGGUUUGGGAGGAACCCGGUGGUGCUGCUGGGGCUGAUCACUCACUUCGUGGCCUUUUACCUGAUCUUCCUAAACAUCGCCAGUGAUGCCCCCAUUGCACCAGAGGAGGGCACACACCUGCAGGCAUACAUCACCCCCAGGUACACAGCAGGGCUUACUCAGAUGGCCCAUUUAACAAUCACCAUAGAUUACUAUUACAACAAUUCUACUGUACUUUGCAUAAGGAUACAGUAGGUCAGGACAUGAGCAUUAUGUUAAGUGUAGCAGUAGUGCAUAAUUGCAUUUUAACUCUGAUAUCAGGUUACUGCAGAUUGUGUAAAGUUCCAUGUCUGUAUUAACCUGGGAUGUUGUCUGUUCAGUGUUGAGGUGGCGUUGCCUUAUUUGCUUAACCUGUUGUGUUCUGAUGUUGUCCACAGUGUUGAGGUGGCUCUGCUGUAUUUUUGACUGUAUUGUGUGUUCAGUGUUGAGGUGGCUCUGCUGUGCAGCUUCCUGCUGGGCCUGGGGGACAGCUGCUUCAACACCCAGCUGCUGAGCAUUGUGGGAUUCAUGUUCCGGGAGGACAGCGCUCCUGCCUUCGCUGUUUUCAAGUUUGUCCAGGUACAUUGAUAUCUGUUAGGCCUACACACACGGUAUGGUUUGCUAUCUAUGGUGGUGAUGUAUUACUCGGAAUGACCUCUGUGGGCUAUACUCGGCCUUGUCUCAGGAUUGUAAGUUGGUGGUUGGGGAUAUCCCUCUAGUGGUGCGGGGGCUGUGCUUUGGCGGAGUGGGUGGGGUUAUAUCCUUCCUGUUUGGCCCUGUCCAGGGGUUUCUUCGGAUGGGGCCACAGUGUCUCCGGACCGCUCCUGUCUCAGCCUCCAGUAUUUAUGCUGCAGUAGUUUAUGUGUCGGGGGGCUGGGGUUAGUUGGUUAUACCUGGAGUACUUCUCCUGUCUUAUCCAGUGUCCUGUGUGAAUUUAAGUAUGCUCUCUCUAAUUCUCUCGUUCUCUCUUUCUCUCUGAGAACCUGAGCCCUAGGACCAUACGUCAGGACUACCGGGCAUGAUGACACCUUGCUGUCCCCAGUCCGCCUGGCCUUGCUGCUAUUCCAGUUUCAACUGUUCUGCCUGCGGCUACGAAACCCCUACCUGUCCCAGACCUGCUGUUUUCAACUCUUAAUGAUCGGCUAUGAAAAGCCAACUGAGAGACCUGAGCCCUAGGACCAUACGUCGGGACUACCGGCCGUGGUGACUCCUUGCUGUCCCCAGUCCGCCUGGCCUUGCUGCUAUUCCAGUUUAAACUGUUCUGCCUGCGGUUAUGGAACCCCUACCUGUCCCAGACCUGCUGUUUUCAACUCUUAAUGAUCGGCUAUGAAAAGCCAACUGAGAUUUAUUCCUGAUUAUUAUUUGACCAUGCUUGUCACUUAUGAACAUUUUUGAACAUCUUGGUAUGGUUCUGUUAUAAUCUCCACCCGGCACAGCCAGAAGAGGACUGGCCACCCCUCAUAGCCUGGUUCCUCUCUAGGUUUCUUCCUAGGUUUUCGCCUUUCUAGGGAGUUUUUCCUAGCCACCGUGCUUCUACACCUGCAUUACUAGCUGUUUGGGGUUUUAGGCUGGGUUUCUGUACAGCACUUCGAGAUAUUAGCUGAUGUAAGAAGGGCUAUAUAAAAAUAAAAUUGAUUGAUUGAUUGAGUUAUUUGCAUGAUAUAUCCCUCGAUUCCCCAUACUUGCUAUCCACUGUUGUUGUAUUACAGUGGUGUAACUUGGUGCUCUUGUCCUCCACAGUCCAUCGCAGCAGCCCUGGCCUUCUUCUACAGUAACUAUCUCCUGCUGCACUGGCAGCUGCUCAUCAUGGUUGUGGUGGGCUUCCUGGGCACGCUAUCCUUCUUCGUGGCUGAGUGGAUGGUGGUCUCCAGCAGACGUGACACUGACUAUGACAGCAUAUGACAACCUAUGGGAGGAGGGGGCCACGGUGAGAGGAACUAUUCACACCUGGACAGGUCAUCCGGGGAAGAGUCAGUGUAACACCUUCCUAUCAACCCAGCUAUCCUUUGGAAUCCUUCAACUGAUAUUUUGACUGGCCCACCUCCGCCCCAAUAAGCAGAGACUGUUUUAGCAUAGUCAUUCACAGCUCUAUUGAUUUUUGCCUUUCAAGUGUAUGAGACAAUUUAAUACUGUAUGUUUUACUCUACUUGGAGUGAAUCAGUUGUGCACAGAGGAGCCUUUAUUUUCACGUUCAAUGUCAUUCACUGUGCUUGUGUCUUUAUGUAGAUGUUCAGCUGGUUGGUUUCAAUGUGCAGUAGUCAUUGACAUUUUAUAUAACUAAGGUUUAGCUAGAGACUGCUAUUCCUACCAAAGUUUCCAGGCUCAACAUGAAUCUUACUAUUGUACUUACAUUUGAUAGAAGAAAACGUAGUACAGUUGAGUCUUGAUAAGCGCACAUCGGAUAUGUACAAACUCUGUUUACAUGCAGUACAGUUGACCAGUUCCAAUUCAAAUAUACACUUUUCACUUCUGCAUGCUCAGGUUUAGUAUACACAUUUAGAACACUCCCAAGCCAUUGCAUUUAUCAGGACUCCACUGCAUCUAGAUUUCUUGUAAGAUGGCAUUUGUCAUAAAGGGAGAAAUUAUCAAGACACAUAUACACUAGCUUAUUGCAAUUUUAAUUAUUUUGUUAUAGUGAAAUCCAUACCAAAUUGUUGAACAAUGCUGUAAAUGUUAUUUCUUUGUCAAUAUUUGCAUCACGCUUUCAGAGUAUCUGUAGUAUUCCAUAGGUUUAGUCAAAAGUGGGAUCCAAAAGGCCAUACAUAGUGUCUUGAGGAUGAUGGCAUAGCCAUGGUAAAUAUGGCUGUUGGAUGAAUGGUGAAUCAUAAAAUGUAGACCAGAAUUUUAAUGUCUAAACUGCACUAGGUUAUAUUGCUCUGUUAAAUGUCACAUUGAAGAACUCUGAGCUUAUGAGUUUAUGAGGCUAUGGUUUUAUUUAGAACUCACAUUGAAACAUCAAGCAUUUUUUCUUUUACAUUUUCAUCAUGCAAUUUCGAUUGAGGUCAUAAACUGUUUACAAUGUUUGUGCUCUUUGCCAAAAUGUAUAGUCUAACUCAUUAAUCAUGGCAUUCAUUGUGUGGAUUGCUGAAUGUAGAGUUCAGUUGUUCGGUGGAGCAUGAAAACUGAGUUUGAAGAUUGUUCAGCGCCAGAGCUAUUGGAUGUGAGGCAAUCAAUAGGAUUUUGAGGGAAUGAACUACAACGUGUUAUGCAUUAUGAACCAGAUUUUAUACUUGAAUGUAGUUGCAUUUAGAAAGGCACCAGGAUAUGCACGCUUAUUUUAUGUAUUUAUUAUUAUUAUUAAAUUGUUAUUUUGAGUCUUU